AUGAUUGUCGGUCUCCUCGGUGUGGUUAACAUAUUUUUUUUCCUCACUGGACUGUUCAAGGCCGUAAACUUGCCCGAAGACACAUCGGUGGAGCCUGUCGGAUCUAGGAAGUACAACAAAAUUGUGUACCUUCUGAUCGACGGGCUUAGAUUUGACUCUUCGAUAAGGACAUCGAAAAGGGGGUACAUUUUCAACAAAAUGAAACAUCUACAAUCAAUUAAGACGAAGUUCCAUGCCUUGAGUGUCAGUGGAAUUCCAACAGAGACCGGAUCUAGAGUUAUCGGGCUGACAACAGGGUCGCCCAGCAACUUUCUAACCAGCGUGGUCAAUCUCAAUGGGUCUGCCAUCGCCCACGAUAACAUGGUAAGGCAGCUUCUCAAGGACGGGAGGUCUUGUAUAUUCUUUGGGGACUCUCAGUGGGUCAGCCAUUUCCCAGAACUCAGGAAUGGACCCUGCCACACGGUGGACCCGUACGGAAGGCACGGCUUGAGAAGACAAGAGGACGAGGUAAUAGAAAAAAUCCUGAAGAGCAUAAACAGUUACGACGUCAUCAUUGCACACCUGAUAAAUCUCGAUUCCUACGGUCAUAUUCACGAAACCAUAGACCACAGGGAGAUGGAGCAUCAAGUAGUAAUAUACGACAAUCUCAUAAAUGAAAUAUACAAGAAAAUGUCAGAGGACACGUUGUUUGUAAUAUGCAGUGAUCAUGGGGUUGACGACAACGGGGCCCACGGUGGCGUUUCCACGCUGGAAAUGUCUGCAGUAGGCGUUUUCAUAUCGAAGGACCAAAGGUUUGCUAACCUCCCAUUCGUUGAUAAGGAAAUCCAGGAUCUACGGAAGAGGUAUAUUUCAAGGACAUAUGCAGAAGAUCCUCUUGCAAUACAGAGCGAGGAGCCCUAUUCCAUUAUCCAUCAGGACGACAUACUCCCAACACUCUGCUACUUCAUGGGCAUUCCUGUUCCAAAAAUGUCCAGUGGGAACUUCAUACACGAGCUUGUCCAUGAUUCCAGUGCAUACAAAAUCUACUACAGGCAGAAAUGUGAUGUGCUUGGUAUUCCAUUUGAAGAUAGUCUUGAAGAGCCUGAGUACAUCAAGCUGAACUACAGCCUGAGUGAGGAAAUCUCGAGCAAAUUCGCUGGAAGAGACUACUUCAGGCUGGUAGUUUCUGGAAUACUUUCGGUGAUAAUAGCAUUGCUCGUGAUAUUUAGAAUACUCAGCUCGACGUUUGAUAAGGCUGCCCAUCUUUCGCUACUGUUUGUGCUCAUAAUGACUGCACACUCCGUGAUGUCUAUAAUCCAUGAAGACCUGUUCUGGGCAGUUCUAUUCCUUGUUUCCAACCCCUCAGCUAAGAAUCUGCUUGGGAUUGUGAUGUUCAUACAGAUGAUAAGGCCUCCGUCAAAUUCCGAUCUCUUCUAUGUCCUUGUGGUGGAGAGAAUCAAACUCCCGCCCUUGUUCAACGGAAACCCCCUGUUUAUCCUUGAGCUGUGUCUGUUCGGGGUGCUAAACAGCGCUAUCCGCUUUGAAGCGGCGCCGAGGUUUUUCCUGAACAGCAUCCUUGAUAUACUUAACAAGCAUCCGCAAGUUCUUGUUUCUCUUCUUAGAUAUGUUCUUGGGGCUAGAUUAGAUGGGACAUCCUGGAAACUUAGCCUGCUCAUGUCAUCUCCAGGUGUCGACACUUUAAUGGCGCUGAUGCUCAGGCCGAUGGAGUCCAUCUACCUCAUCUACACCAUUAGAAACUUAGACAUAAGAAGGAAUGUCUAUACUUACUUUUCACUGACAAACAUAGCCUUUUUUUCUUCAGGGCUACAGAAACUGUUUCAGUCGAUCAACUACAGCGUGUUCUUUACGUUUUCAGACAACUUUAUUACUCUUCCAGUUGUUGGAAUAGUCUUCUUCUACUUCAUUUACCCAAGGAUUGAAGCUGUUUCGCUGCUCACUUCUCGACAAGACGGCACAGAUCUUGAUAAGAGCAAAGAGAAAAAGCAUUUGAAGGAGCCUGAAUUCUCUGCAAAGGAUAUAUUUGCACUCCAUAAUCUCAACUUAUUGCUAGUUAUGUGGUCUGGAUAUGCCAUUUGUGAAUCGUUGUCAUUCUACAAGUUUCUUGGAAUCCGGGCAUUCUUCGAGUAUCUCUACUAUAUCUGCGAUAUCAUUUCGUUCUCAAUGCUUCGAGCGAUUAAAAAGAAGCUGUAG